AUGAUAAAAAGGUUUCCAAGUAGAAAUUCUAGGUCCAAAGGAAUCAAGGUGAAGCAUGUCUUGCAGAUUUGCCUGUUGCUUGGUGUCUGUUUCUGGUUAAUAUACCAGGUCAAGCAUUCCCAUGAUAAGAAAAAUGAGUUCGAUGAUAAAGAUGCAAAAGUUUCCACCACUACUAGAACACACGUUCAUGAUAAUGAGAUUCUAAAGUUGGGGAGGAAAGACCUGCAUCCUCGUUUGGAUGAUGUGGCUAAGAAUGAGAAAGUGGCUGAAGAUGAAGACGAAGAAACGGUUCCAGAGGAGGAAAUCAUCAAUGGGGUAGGAGACAAUAAGCAUGCAGAAGAGCUAGAGCAAGAACUCGAACUUACUAAGCACGAAGAAGAGGAGCGGGAAGAUGUUAGCAAGCAUGAACAGGAAGAAGAAAGGGGUGAUGAUGAUGACGAUGACGAGAACAACAAGCGUGACAUGGAAGAGGAAAAGAAGGCUGAAGAGACUGAAGUAGAAAGCAGAGCUGCUGGCGAUGAUGAGUUAGAUGAACAUGAUCAGGAUAAACUGGAUGGAGAAAGUGUAGAGGAAGAUCUAUUAGAUGAGGAGAAAGAGAAAGGGAGAGAGGAUGAUGAUGCAAAGGAGGGUGAAGUUAAUAAAGAAGAGGACAAGGAGGUCCAUGUCACUUUACCUGAAGAUGAGGAUCAUGAGGACGGAAGCCAAAACUCCCAUGAGGCCCGUGAGGAGAACUACAAAGGAGAUGACGCUUCAAGUGCUGUUACUCAUGAUGAAAACACCGGUGGAAAGGACAAAAUAAAUGAUCUUCAGGUAAAUGAAGUUGCCAAUAAUAAUAGAACUGGGAAUGCCAAUGAGAUAAUUCGAACAAACUCAACAUUGCAGCAGGAACAGGGUGACAUGGCUGCUAAUAACUCUCGUCAGGAAGAUGAAGUUGCCAAUAGUAGUGGAACUGGGAUUGCCGAUGACAUUAUUAAAACAGACUCAACAUUGCAACAGGAACAGGGUGACAUGGCUGCUAAUAACUCUCGUCAGGAAGAUGAAGUUGCCAAUAGUAGUGGAACUGGGAUUGCCAAUGACAUUAUUAAAACAGACUCAACAUUGCAGCAGGAACAAGGUGACAUGGCUGCUAAUAAUUCUCGUCAGGAAGAUGAAGUUGCCAAUAGUAGUGGAACUGGGAUUGCCAAUGAGAUUGUUAAAACAGGCUCAAUAUUGCAACAGGAACAAGGUGACAAGGCUGCUAAUAACUCGGCAAGUGUGUUGUCCGGUGGUGAACAGACGAUUAAGGACGAGAGGAUCAUCAAUCUGCCUAGCUCAGAGAACCAGUCAACUACAAAUGUGUUGGCGGUUGGGAAUGUAAAAACUGGGAACAAGAAUACCACGGGAGAUACUGCUUCACUGGCAGCAGCUGUGUCUGAUUCUACAUCUGAAGAAAAUGCAACAACUGGAGGCUCAGCAAUUGGAGGAUUAUCCAACCGGGAUUCCACUGAAGCCGAAAAGAUCAACUACGAUGAGACCGUCUCUGGUAACGCUCUGUCCUCCAACUCGAAUAGCAACUUAGAAUCUGGUGUUGAUCAGGCAGUCAGCAAAGAUGAGACAACAGGUGAAGCAGAAGGGGUGAAACCUGGGUUGCCAAUCACACAUUCUGGCGUUAGUCAUGGUGGGACGUCAGAGGAGAACAAGACCGAAUCAGGCCACAACGGUGACCGUGGGAUUGAAGGUGGCGUUAGGCACGAUCCUAUCGAUUCUUCUGAUUCUUCAGUUGGUCAAGAAGAGAACUCAGGGUUUGGGACAAAUGUAGGAGUUGGCAACGAGACUGUUGCAGCGGAGUGA